AUGCCGAAGCACAUCCACGGACAUCUGAAGCCAUCUCGGCGCGCCUGUAGCCGCACACAUGCCACAGGAAGUCUGGAGCUGCACGCGCCGCACGUGGAGGAGCUGGAGGCGCAGGCGGCGGGUCUCAGGGAGGCGGAGCGCGCGGCGCGCCCGCUGGAUCGCCGCCUGCAGUCGGCGAUGGACACGGUGCGCAACCGCGACGCAGCAGCGCAGAAGGCGCAGGAGGCAGCGCAGGCCGCGCGGGCUGCGGCCGAGGCUGCCCGGUUGGCGGCGGAGGAGGCCGAUGCGCAUGCCGCUCAGGCCAUCGCGGACCAGCACGCGGCGCAGCAGACGCUGCAGGCAGUGCAGGCAGAGGCCGCGGCUGCUCGCGAUGCCGCGGGCACGACCGCCGCAGCCGCAGGGCUCGACGGCGCCUUCGCUGCCCUCGCCGCCGCAUGCGCGGCAUUGCAGGCUCCCGGGCAGGCGGCUGGCGCCGGGGCCCUGGUGCAGCAGCUCCGGGGCGCGCUGCUUGCGCCCGGUGGCGCAGGGCAUGCUGGGCCUGCAGGUGGUGCGGGGGCGGCGGCCGGCCCGGGCGGCGGCUCAGGGCACCCAGGAGGCGGGGCGGCUGGGGCGCCGGCCGAUGCAGGCAUGCCUGCCGCAGCAGGGCCCCCUCCUCCCUGCGACGCACGCGCGGCGGCCGCGCCCGGCGGCAGCAGGCGGCGCGCGGCCUCCGUGGGCGCGAGGUCGCGUUGGUCUUCCCCCUUGCGCGGAAGCUCCGAGGACGGCGACCGUUCCCGGUCCACGGACCGCGGAGGCUCCCCAGAGCCCCGUGUCCCUCUCUUCGCCCAGCCCGCGCAACUGGCGCCCGGGCAGCGCACGUUGCCCCUGCGGCGCUGCGCGCGCCUUGCCGCGGCGGCACGUGGGUACCUGGCGGUGCCUGAUGGUGCCACGUCCGCGCAGCCGCCGCCAGACGCACCGCAGCAGCCGGCGCGUGCGGGUGAGAGGUGGUGUGGAGCCCCGGGGAGGGCCAACUGUGAGCUGCGGAUGCGUCGCGGGGCUGCUUGCGCUGCUGCGGCCAUCCCGGGAGCGCGGGCUGCAGAGCCCAUGGAAGGGCGUCAGGGUUGGCGAGGCGCGGCACCCGGGGCCGCGCUGCCAGCCGCGCCCCAGGCAACCCACCCCUUGCUCCACGCGAGCGGGCGCGGCCAGCCGCGGCGCCCCGGGGGCGCUCGGCCCCGCGCCGGUUGGCUGGGUCAGUGCGCGACUCGACCGGAGCCCAUGGCGAGCCUCGCUGGAUGCCACUUGGGCCGGCACCCGCACUUGGCCGUGCACUUCGGCCUCGGUCAGGCCCGAUGGCGCGGGUGGCCGUGGCGAGGCGUCCGCGUGGGCGAGGCGUCGCUGCCAGGGCCCGAAGGCUUGGCGGCUACGGUGGUGGUUGCCAAUGUGACGCGCUGGAGCGCCAGUUGGCGCGGGCUCCUUGCGGCGGAUCCGGCGGUAGUCUGCGCGCAGGAAGCGCGCAUCCCGUCAGCGGAGGCGGAGGCCGCAGCCGCUGCCGCUCGGGCGAGGGGAUUGACUUUGCACCCCGGGCAGGAGCAGGAGGGCGAGCACUUGCUGGCCGCGGCCCACGCCCCCGCCAAGUGCCAGGCACGGGCGGAGCCCAUGCUGGGCCUCAGUGGGCGGCACCCCGGCCGCCUCCAGCAUGUCGCGGUGCAUUUCGGCUUCGGGCGCGCCGUGCACUUCCUGAACUGCUACGGCUACGCCGGCGGCCAGAGUGACAGGGAGAGGAAUGUGAACCUUUUGAUCGAGGCUGCGGGGUGGCUCCAGGGCUUGGGUCAGGCCCCGGCAUUCCUCGUGGGCGACCUCAACUUCCGGAUCGGCGACUCCGGCUUCGAGGGGGUCUUGGGCAUGGCAGGCUGGAGGGACCUCCUGGCAGCCGCGGGACCUACGUGUUUGCCAUCGUCAGGCGAGCCCUCCCGCAUUGACUACGUGCUGGCCAACCCCCAGGCGCUCGGCCUAGUGCAGAGGGUAGGGCUGCGAUGGGACCUCGGCAUCGCCACGCACGCGGCCUUACUGGUGGAGCUGCGCGCCGAAGCCCCCGAGCGCGCCCUGCUCAGGCGGCCGGUCGCUCCCCUUGAUGGUGCCGCUCAGGCAGGGUGGAGUCCCGCCGCAGCGAGGAGCGCCACGGCCUCGGUGUUGGCCGGCUUCGAGGGCGCCUUCCGCGGUGCGUUGAGCACCCACGACAUGGACGCCGCUUGGGCCACCCUCAGCCAGGCCAUGCGGGCGUGGCUGGCUACCCGGAUGGGCCUGGGGACAGUCCCCGAACGACCGCAUGCGGCAGCAGCCUGGGAGGCUGAACGGCUCGCGACGACCGGCGGCGGCGGCGAAGCUGCGGACGCGGCGGCCGACGCCGCCCUCCUCCGGCUGCGGCGGCUGCGCGGGCUCCGGCAUGCCCAGGGCCGCUCUCUGGCGGCAAAUGCACGAGAGGUGGCGGCAGCCACGCUCGCCGCCCUCCGUGCGGCAGAUGCCGGGCAGCCAGAUUGGUCUGCUGCGCUUGCGGGGCUGAGCGUGGACGAGGUGCUCCCCGACGGCGUGCUGGAGCAGGCGGAGGCCGCCUGGCGCUCGGCCCGUGCGAGCGCCCGCAGUCGCCGACAGGAUGCCUGGCGCGACUGGGUCAAGGCAAGCGUGUCCGACGAACAGGGUCGUCUUUACCGCUGGAUCCGCGGCGGCGGCACCCUCGAGGCCGAGCUCGUGCCAGAUCCGGCAGUGGACCCGGCGGCCUCUGUAGAGGUAGCAGGGCGGCGGUGUUGGCUCUUAGCGCUGCAAGGGGGGCCCGCAGCCCGCCUCCGCUUCUUCGAAGGCCCGUGGCGGCAGCUCUGGCAAGGGCGCUCGCCCCCGCAGCUGGGGGAAGACUGGCUGCAAGAGCUGGACGGCUUGCCCGCGUUCCCAGACCGGGAGCCGUGGACAGCGGACCUCGUGGCCGAGAUCCUCCGGCGAAUGCCCCGCCGGAAGAAAGCCGGGCUAGACGGGUGGUCGGUCAAAGAGCUGCGCUUGCUGCCGCGGGAGCUGCACGGCUGA